GAAAAGUUAAAAUGAACAGUUCUGAAAAAACCUCCCACGCACACAAAAAAAAAGAGCACUAAUCAACUUUUGUCGCCCUUUUUUCAGAGGUUUCCUUUAUGCUUAGUAGAAUCUGUUCAGAAACAAGACGAGAAAAGAAAGGAAAUGUAUAUUCUGCCUAGUAGGGAGAGAAAUAAGCGUGUGCUCAUCCCUUCCUUUUCAGCUUUCAGCAUAACUAAGAUGCAUGCUUUGAAUAUAUAUAUGGAUACGUGUUUGUUACAGACUCACAGUUAUGUAUUUAAACAAAGCAGGUGGUCUCAGAUUGCGGCACGUCUUCCAGGAAGGACAGACAACGAAAUAAAGAAUUUCUGGAACUCCACAUUAAAGAAAAGAUUGAAGAUCAAUAACACUUCCACAUCCUCACCAAAUGACAGUGAUUCAUCAGAGCCUAGAGAUCAUGCCGUAGGAAAUAUCAUGCCUAUGCAUGAUCCUGACAUUAUGACUCUAUGCAUGGACUCAUCUUCCUCAUCAUCCAUAUCCAUGCAAGGUAUGAUCACAAGCAACCAAUUUGAUUCUUUCUCCAUGCUCAACAACCGCUAUGAUGUGACUGGUGCAGCAAGUUUAUUUGACAUGUCCACAUGCUUGACACAAGUGGGCAUGGGAGAUGGAUUUUAUGGUGAUCAUUAUGGGAUUUUGGAGGCCAAUAAUAAAACGGGGCUAGAAAGUGAUCUUUCUCUUCCACCAUUAGAGAGUAGAAGCUUUGAAGAGAAUAAUACAGUGAGUAAUAACAGAAUUGGCAUGAAAAGCAGCAGCAGCAGCAACAACAACAACUGCUUUGAUAAUGCUUGCUUCGAUAAUACUUUCUUCAACAAUACUGAUCAGAGAUUUAAAGUAGAGGACAUGUUGGGGCUUGAAAAUCAUUGGCAAGGAGAAAACUUGAGAAUGGGAGAAUGGGAUUUUGAAGGUUUAAUGGAAAACAUAACUUCCUUUCCUUUACUUGAUUUCCAAGUAGAAUAACCAUCUACCCUUACCCCCCCCUUCUCAUAAAGCUACCCUUUGCUAUCGAUGCUAUGUCCUAGGAAAUUUUGGGCAUAUACUUUCUUCCUCAAAAUUUUACCAAAACAAACUUCUUUUUCAAACUUUCUAGUUUGGUACCCUCAAAAGUUUUUAUUUUUGAAAAAAAAAUCCUUUUUUUCCCAUCAAUAUUGUGCUUGCUCUCUCUAUACCUUUUGUUUCUUCCAGCUGUGAAAGAAGUUUAUGCGUGAACACUUCCUUAUUGUUGGAAAAGCAUGCAAUAAGUAAUGCAAAUUAGAGAUUAGAGGUGGCCAGAGAUUCUUUGUAUGUAAUUGGAUCGGUCUUGGAGGCAUUCGGUCAUUUCUUGGAACGCGUUGGUGCAAUAAUCAUCGUUCCCUUGAAGGAGAGAAAUGUGAAUAGCAGUAUAGAAAUUAGAAAGGGAAAUAAAGGCAUGAUUAGUAGGUGAAUUGUUUAGUAGCAUGUACAAAUUAUAAACAGAAAAUAAUGAGGAGGUGAAGGCUGUUAUUAGUGGGAGAUGAGAUGUGAUGAGAAGGAUAAUGUAACAUACCUUACGCUAAUAAGAAGGAGCUUGUUACAUACAGUCAAA